AUGGCGACCAAGAAGCGGCCUCUGCUUGCCCCGGGGGAGGAGGAGCGGGAGGGCGGGGAGGGAUCUCGGACAAUAAAGCGAUGGCGGCCCCUAAUCCUAGAGGUCAUGGGCGAGCAGCACAUGAAGCGUUUCUUGACGAGACUGGAGUCGGUUGUUCGCAGAGCGGUGCAAGAUGAAAUUAGGAAGUCGCUUGUUAAUUGGUCACUUCCAGUUCCCAGUAAAAGAUAUUGUCAUUUGCUCAGUUCGGAUGCUGAGUUAUACCAGCUGCAAUUCCAGAAUGGCUUGCCUGAGAAGCUUUACACAUUAAAGCCAAUAAUGACAAAGGACCAAAAUCUUGUCCAGAUAUCAAUAAUCGAUACUACCACAGGAAAAAGGGUCACUUCUGGUCGCUGGUCUUCAGUGAUGGUUGAGGUUCUUGCUCUCCAUGGUGAUUUUUAUUGUGAUGGACAAAAAAGAUGGACUAAAGAUGAAUUCAACAAUCAUAUUGUUGUUGCAAGAGAGGGUAAAGGAUCACUGCUUAUGGGAAAACUGGUUAUUCAGCUGACCAAUGGUGUUGGUUAUCUUGAUAAUGUCUCUUUUAGUGAUAACUCCAUUUGGACUAGAAGUCAGAAGUUUAGGCUAGCUGUGAGACUUUAUAAAGCUGAAGGAGCUCAAGAAGGAAUAAGUGAACCUCUCCGGGUAAAGGAUCGUCGUGGACAGUUGAACGAGAAGCAUCAUCCUCCAUCAUUGACUGAUGAAGUCUGGUACCUGGAGAAAAUACGGAAAGAUGGUCCUUUUCACAAAAGACUUGUGAAUGCUGGAAUACAUUGUGUGAAACAAUUUUUACAAACCCUUUCUAUGGAUCAUGAUAAUCUGCGCAAAUUACUUGGCAAUGGAGAGUCAAGCAAGAAAGGAAUUGCAAAAAGGACAUGGGAAGCAAUUGUUGCAAAUGCUAGGGAAUGUCCACCAGGCAAAGAGCUUUAUUCUUAUAAUGUUGUUGGACAGAGUGUCACUCUCAUUUUCAACUCGGUGUAUGAGCUUCUUGGGGCAAAACUGGAUGGCCAUUAUCACACUAUCAGUAACUUCAGUGCACCUCAGAAGGCUUUAGUAGAGAUCUGGAAAGGACUUGCUUUUGAAGAUACGAAAAGCUUUAACUCGGAUCACAUGAUGGUUGACAACAUUCCUGUUCCCCUCUCUCAAGAAUAUGAUCACUUAGUUACAGUAUCAAGCUCACUUGGCUCACGUGUUCCACGUCUUUCAGAUGAUGCAUUUGGACAAGUGGGUUUACUUAAUGAACCUUUUGCACCAUAUGGUGAGAUUACAAAUCAUUUACCUCAACUGGAAGAUACUUUUUCUAAAUAUGGUGUUCAUCCUUUAAAGAAAUCUACAUGCUCUCAGGAAACAGAAAAUUCCUGUCCUGUUUCAACUGAGAUCAUCAAUUUGCUAGUUAACCACUCCACCAUGUGCCCACCAACACCAAAUGGUAUACAGAUUCCAGAGUCAAGCAUACAGAUGGAAAAUGAUGAACUAGUCACUCAAGUGGGCAUCGAGCAGUUUUUUCAUGAUACUUCUGCUAAGCAGAUCAUGCAAUCAUUUCAAGCCCCUGGUUCCUUCCAAGCUACCAUGUUCAACUCAAGUGAUAAUGUCGAUGAGCAUACAUUUCAGAAUGAACCAUGUACCAGUAGAUUGGUGGAAAGAAGCCUGAGAGAGGAUGAGAUCGACAAAUUUAUUAUGGAAACUUGGCAGCCUGAUAUAACUAUGACACUUGUUGCAACAUCGAUUCGCAAGUGGGUUAAGCUGAUUGCCGUGGUUCAAGUGUGGAAUCUCUAUCAGCAGGUUUCUCGCUGCUGAAAGAGCUGGAAUUGUGCAUCUGAGAAUACUGAAUGGUCAAUGUAUCUGACUCGGAGUGGUGACAGCUGAGAACCCACUGAGGCAGCAAGGACGGGGCUAGUAGAGGAUCCUUUGCCUGGCAAACCAUUGUUUAAGGUCAAAAUCAAUCUGUAGAAUCUGUAAACUAGAACAAUUGUAUGAUAGAUUGUGUGUGCCAUUUGAAUCAUAGGGCUUGUAUUGACCAUCAUUAUAUAGUGUUGGAAGACAUUGUAAGUGGAACACAAAUGUGAUUAUAUAUAAUUGGUGUAUAAGGUGAUUGUUUUGGAAAACCUGAAAUAUUUGUAAUUGUUUAUUGUCCUUUUAUGUA